AUGAAAAAUGAUCUCUUAUCAUCAAACACUCACUGGAAAGGACUUCCUGCACGUCGAGCACUCAUGUUAAUAGUUAAUAUUUGUCGAGCAAUAAAUCAAGUUUAUCAUUCAGAAUUAGAAUAUGAAAUUAAUCAACAUAAAUCAAUACAUGAAAAUGAUCUUGCUCAAUUGGCUUUACAAUUAGCUAUUAAUGAAAUGAAAAAAGUUGCAGAAGAAGCAGAAACUGUUUAUAAUAAAUAA